UGGGCGGUCGUUGAAUCCCUGUGUCACCACCCAUCAUUCCCCGCCCUGCAAAACCAACCCAAAUUCAAAAGGCUUGGAUUUUUUCAUUUCUCUCAGGUUUGAUCAAAUCAAUUCCCAUUAUCAAAAUCAGGUAUGCUAAUCUCAUAGUUCUAUAUAUACAGUCGUACCCUGUUCAAAGAAAGGUACAAAGACUGCUUCUUUUUAACUCUGUUAUAUGAUUAAAAACUCUAAACCCUAAAUCUAAAACAAUGAAUCGAAUUCCAAUUAAUCAAACCAUUCUCAAAUCCGUUUCAAAACCCUUUCAAAACCCUAAUCUUUCACCCCUUCAAACUUCACCUGAUUCUUUAAUAAACCCACUUUACAAUUUACUCCCAGACACCCAAAACCCUAACAAGAUUGUUGAUAUAAUAUGCACUAAUUUACAACAAAGAAAAAGCACAUUUCUUGAUAAAGAUAUGAUCCCUCAUUUGGGCCCCCAACAAAUUUCAAGGGUUCUUCUUAGAUGUCAGUCUGAUUCAUUUUCGGCGUUUUCGUUUUUCAAUUGGGUUAAAAAGGAUUUAGCUUUAGUCCCAUCUGUCCAAGAUUAUUGUAUAAUGUUGCAUAUAUUAGCUUGGUCUCGUAACUUUUCGCAUACUAUGACGCUUUUAUCCGAGUUAAUCGAGGUUAAUGUUGAUAACGAAGGAAAAGUAAGUAUUUUUGAGAAUUUGGUAUUGUGUAGUAAAGAUUGUAGUUGGGAUCCAGUUGUGUUUGAUUUGCUUCUUAAGGCGUAUUUGAAAGCGGGUUUGGUUCGGGAUGGUUUUGUUAUGUUUAGGAAGAUGGUUAAGCAUGGGUUUGUUCCGAAAGUUGUUUCGGUUAACUUUCUUUUAGAUGGGCUUUUGAAGUUGAAUCGGAUAGAUGAAUGCUGGGGGGUUUAUGAAGAGAUGGAGAUAAUUGGGGUACGUUGUAAUACGUUUACUUUUAAUAUAUUAACUCAUGUUAUAUGCAAGAGUGAGGAUGCUGAUAAGGUGAAUGAGUUUUUAGAGAAAAUGGAAGAAGAAGGAUUUCAUCCGGAUAUAGUCACGUAUAACACAUUGAUAGAUUGCUAUGUGAGGAACAGACGGCUAAAAGAUGCACUUUAUCUUUAUAAUAUAAUGUAUAUAAGACGUGUUAUGCCGGAUUUGAUUACUCAUACGUGUUUGAUAAACGGGCUUUGUAAAGAAGGUAACGUAAGGGAAGCUCAUAAAUUAUUUCACCGUAUGGUUCAAAUUGGGUUGAACCCAGAUGUGUUUGCUUACAAUACUCUUAUAUGUGGUUAUGUUAACCAGGGCAUGAUGCAAGAAGCACGUACUUUGCUUCUUGAAAUGAUCAAGGAAGGAAUGCAUCCUAAUGAGUUUACUUGUUUAGUACUCGUAGAUGGAUAUAGAACGAAAAACGUUUUAAUUUCAGCUGUGAAUCUUAUUGUAGAGCUGCAAAGAUUUGGAGUAUCGGUUUCUAAAGAUCUUCAAAUCAAUCUAGUUGUGGAUUUAUGCCGAGUAGAUAAACCAUUUGCAGCCAAGAGUCUGUGGGAACGCAUUGUGCAAGAUGGGGAAGAAACACGUAAAUUGGAAAUCUACAAUGCAAUGAUUGUUUCGUUUUGUAAACUGAAUUGUGUAGAUGAGGCUAUACAGCUGAAAGAUGAAAUGUUCUUCAAAAGUAUAAACCCGGAUGUGGUCACCUACAGAGAAAUCAUAGGGUGUUUGUGUAGACUAAAUAGAACCAUUGAGGGUGAAGCCUUCAUGAGGGAUAUGACGGAAUUUGAUGCUCACCCUGAUACGAUAAUUUGCAGAUCUUUGGUAUAUGGGCACUGUAAAGAGAAGAAUUUUGAUCAAGCCAAGUCAUUAUUAAGCUUCUUAGCUGAAAAGUUUCAAAUAUGUGACAAUGAAUGCUAUAACGAGGUCUUUAAAUUGGUCUGUGAGAAAGGUGAUAUUGCUAAGUCAAUGGAAUUUCAGAGCAGAAUGCAGAAGAUCGGAUUCACUCCGAAUAGUCUGAGUUUUAAGUACGCAAUUGAUGGAUUGUCUAGAACAACAGCUUGUGGGUCUGCGGUUACUUAUUCUGAUAUAGACAACCAAGCAAAGCAUGUUUUAUAACAUUAUCAUAUUAUUUGUCAAAAAGAAGUUCCUUUGCCUAAGCUGUUGAAUUACACCUGUGUCUGUUUAAUGAGUGGCAGAAUCAAGCUCAGCGUUUUGCUCUUCUUGCUGAUGUCUCCUGAAAAGGAGUUUGUUUCCAGUAAAUACGACCCCCAUUGAUUUCCUUUCCUUCUUUUGGCAUAUAAACUGCAUUCCUUGGGGUUGUCUUUUUUGAAGCAGGGGGCCAUUGUCCACAAGUGACUGCCAUGUCUUUGAGAUUCUUGAGGCCUUCAAGGGUUUCUAUUAUUGCAGGCAUUUUUGGUCUGUCUUUAGGGUUCGGGCUCACACAGUACAAUGCUAAAAGGGCCAUCUCUUUGGCCCCCUUAACGGAAUAUUGACCAGCCAACCUAGGGUCAAUUAUUCCACGAACUCUUCGGCUACUACUCAGGUAUGGCUUAGCCCAAUCCACUAGAUUUUGCUCCUUUUUCGGUCUCUUUUUAUCCAUUGCUCUUCUUCCAGUCAAUAUUUCUAGCAAUACCACUCCAAAGCUAUAGAUAUCACUCUUUGUGGUCAAGUGUCCUACAAAUAACAUAUCAUUAUCAAUUUAUAAGCAAUAGACAUUGUAUCUGUCUAUAAUUGUAUUUCCUUGUAAAUUUUGAGUUUAAAUACAUAGGUGCAAUUGGUAAAGAAUCA